UCAGUAAGUUUUUUUUCUUAUGUUACAUUUGAAAACAUAUUACAUCGUUGGUCCAGCAGCAGGGCGAUAACUACUGUCUAAAUGUAAGACUCAUCAUUAAGCUACACAUCAAUGAAAUAAAAGCUGAUUGCGUACACACACACACAUUCGCUGUAAAGGCUAAAUGUUAUUUAUAUUCAUCUGUGAGGCUCCAGUUCAUUUUUUAUAAAGUCUGCAUUGAAGAGGUACUGAGGUAUUUGCCCCCAUGAGCUAUACUGAAGCCAUGCUAGAUCAGAGCUAUAAAGGUAAUUUAUGGUCGAGCUUAAAGGGGCUAAACCUGAACCAGCUUACAGGAACACAGUAAUGUUCCUCACUAAAGCAGAAAGCAGAAAAAGUUACUUUCUUACACAGGAAAGACUAAAGGGCUGCGCUGUAUGAUAACUUGUUCCAGUUCCUCAAACCCUCGCUUUCGCUUUCCUGCAGUUUGAUGGGCCCCUUGCUGUUCUCCCUGCUUCAGGGCUUUCUUGCACUCUGUAGAAGACAAAGAGGCCAAAAAAUGGAGAACAGAAGAAAAGUGCUUGCUGCAAUAAUUUUCACAGCUGCCUGCAGCAAAGUGGCCGCAAAGGAUACAAGAUUACUGGAUGUCCAAGAGACCACAGAUGUUGUAGAUGAUCAGUACAAAGGAUGUCGUGAAGAGGCCAUGAAGAAGUUCAUCGAGUCAGACGUGUUAAAACAAGAACUAAGCAACAGUGAAGGAUUUCAGAAAGCGUGGAAUAAAAGUAACGAGUGUUCAAAGCAGAUCCCUGGAGGAAGAAAAGAGCAUACUGCUGCACUUUCAGUCUAUCUUAAAGGAGACCGGCCUUUCAUACUAGCACUGAACAAAGCAAUAGAGACAAUGGGUGGAAAUGUUAGCAUCUAUGAAAACCACUUCCACUUCAAGUCUCUUCAUUUCCUGCUGAUGGACUCCAUGAGGCUGCUGAAGCCAAAGGAGUGCAAGAACUUUUAUGUUUUUCAAGAUGGUAAAAACAAACCACAGAAAGGCUCCACAGUGAGAUUUACAAGUUUCACUUUAGCUUAUUCAGACUAUGAAGAGCUAAAGAGACUUGAAGAUGUCAAUGAGAAUACUAUUUUAAAUCUCACUUCUUGUUUCUUUGUCAACCUGAAAGACUAUGUGUGCGGUCAAGAACAGGAUGAAAUACUCUUAUCUCCAGCAGAAGUUUUCACUGUGCAACGAGUAGAGACAAAAACUACAUGGGAUGAUGACGAAUACCUUGAGAUUGUUUUAAACCACUCAGGACUGAACAGCUCACACAACUGUUACAUGUUUUCACGGUCUCCUCAAGCUGUUGUCUCCACCUUGUGGCUUGUAUUAGUGUUUGCAGCCUUAUCCUUAUCUGUUUAGUAAAAACAGUUAUUGUUUUCUACAAUACUGCUUUGCUUAUUUGUGUAAUUGUUUUGCAUAGUUUAUAUGGCAGAAUGUGGUAUCUGUGAAAUAUAAUCAAAUAUUGUUUCCUGGUUCUGUUGUAUUAUGAAGUCAUGUGAUUGUAUGUCAACAAUGGUGAUUGGAUGUCUAAAGAUAAAAGUGAAAGAGGGGAGAUGCAAAUGGGUAAAUGAGUAUGAAAAGCGAGCUUUUCUCCUGUUAAAUUGCUCUAAUAAAAUAUCCAGCA